AUGGCAACCGUUGCUUCAAACGUCUACUUUCUUCUGUUACUAUCUUUGCUCCGUGAAAGAUUUGAAGCAGCAUUUGCAAACCAAAUAACCCUUGGGGCAUCACUUUCCCCCACUAUUCAUCCUACUUCAUGGCGUUCGUCUUCUGGUCGAUUUGCGUUUGGGUUUUAUCAGCAAGGCAAUGGCUUCAAAGUUGGAAUUUGGUUGUUUGGUGAUGAUGCUACUAAUACAAUCGUGUGGACCUCAAAUCGUGAUGAACCUCCAGUCUCCUCAAGUUCAAGGCUGUUUCUGACCAGGAACGGUGAGAUUCUUCUACAGAUAGGUCCAAGGCAAGAGAAGCGUAUUGCUCACAGUGAUAACGGAACUGUUCAUUCUGCCUCCUUGCUUGAUUCUGGCAACUUGGUGUUACAAGACAGAAGUUCCAAUAUCCUUUGGCAGAGUUUUGAUUACCCAACGGAUACAAUUUUAGGAGGCCAAGUUCUACGAACUGGGGAUAGAUUGCUUUCUAGCUCAUCAAACACCAACCAAUCGUCAGGAAGGUUUCAGCUCAAAAUGCAAGAUGAUGGAAACCUCGUUAUGUAUCCAGCCUAUCCAUCCACCACACCGUCGGAUGCCUACUGGGCCACCAUGACAGUGAAUGGCGCAGGUUCCAAAUUUUAUCUUUCACUUGAAAAUACAUCUCCCUAUCUGCGUAUCUUAGAUGCUAAUCGUUCCAACACGGUCAUAUGGGAACCAAAUGAUACUGAUUUGUCAACUUCAAGUAGCAACGGAAACAACACCAUUUACCGUGCAGCCAUUGAUUACAAUGGAGUUUUUCGAGUCUAUGCUCAUUUUGAUGAUAAGAAUGGAAAACGCCAAGCUAGAAGUGUGUGGUCAGCUUUGGAUGUAUGCGAUGUGAAGAAUUUUUGUGGGUUCAAUAGUUAUUGUACAUAUAUAGACGAUAAACCCUUCUGUGAUUGUCUUCCUGGAACUGAUUAUAUAGAUCAGAGUCAAAAUAAUCUUGGCUGCGUAAGGAACUUCUCAGAUGUUGGGUGCAGAAAUGGAGGAGAUAAUACAGAUUUAUAUUCCAUGUUUGGAAUGAGUAGCAUGUCUUGGAGUGAUGCUCCUUACUUUGAAGAACCAAUUCCAGAGGAGGACUGCCAAUCUUCUUGUCUCAAAGAUUGUUAUUGUGGGGCUGCAAUAUACAAGGACGAGCGAUGCGGGAAACAAAAGCUUCCAUUAAGAUAUGUUAGAAGACAAACACAAGGAUCCUCGUACACAAUAUACUUCAAGGUGGGAAAAGUAAGCCUCAAAAGCAACAGCACGUCUUCUUUUAUACCUGAACCUCCAAUAAAGACAACCAGUAAGAAAGCAAUUCUGCUUAUCACUCUUUUGAUCUUAGGUUUUGCUAUUCUUUUGUGUUCGGCUAUUGCAAUAUCUGGCCAUUUAAUUUACAGAAUUGGAAUUUUAAGUUAUAAGAGGUUGCUGGAGGUUGGAGAUUUGGGCUUGAACGAAGGGAUUACUCUCAGGUUAUUUUCGUACAAUGAAUUGAAGAAAGCAACAAAUGGCUUCAAGCAAGAGUUGGGUAAGGGUUCCUUUGGAUCAGUUUAUAAGGGAAGUUUAGACAAAGGAAGAAGAUUGAUUGCAGUGAAAAGACUAGAGAAGUUAGUUGAAGAAGGCGAGAGAGAAUUCCAAGCUGAAAUGCGAGCCAUUGGGAAAACACACCACAAAAACUUAGUUCGCUUGCUGGGAUAUUGUGCUGAGGGAUCUAAAAGGCUUUUAGUUUUUGAGUACAUGAGCGGUGGUUCCCUUGAGAAGCUUAUCUUUGGUGAUAGUACUAGACGUCCAGAUUGGGAUCAAAGAAGAAGAAUAGCACUGGACAUUGCAAAAGGGCUAUUGUAUCUGCAUGAAGAAUGUGGAGCUCCCAUCAUUCACUGUGACAUAAAGCCUCAAAACAUAUUGAUGGAUGAGUUCUGGACAGCUAAAAUAUCUGAUUUUGGGCUAGCAAAACUUCUAAUGCCGGAUCAAACAAGAACCUUCACUGUUGUUAGAGGCACAAGAGGAUACUUAGCUCCAGAAUGGCAAAAAAAUACUCCAAUAACAGUGAAAACAGAUGUUUAUAGCUAUGGAAUCAUGCUUUUGGAAAUUCUAUUUUGCAGAAGAAACAUGGUGAUUACCGUGUCACAUCCAGAGCAAGUUGUUCUAUCCACUUGGGUCUGCAAUUGUUUUGUUAGGAGAGAGUUAAAGAAGCUUGUUAUUGGGGAAGAAGUGGAUAACACAUUGCUUGAGAAUAUGGUGAAAGUGGGGUUAUGGUGUAUUCAAGAUGAACCUUUUCUUCGGCCAUCCAUGAAGAGUGUAGUGUUAAUGCUUGAAGGAAUUACUGAUGUAGCUAUCCCUCCUUGUCCAUCUCCUGAUUCCAUGUGACAUUUCUCUCUCUGCUGGGGCCCAAAAAAAAAAAAAACUACAGUGAAUCUUGUGUCGUUUUGAUGUGCUCUGUUUUAUCAUUGUGUUUUUGUGUGUAAUAUGAUUUUCUAAGUUUUUUAGCUGCAAAUAAUAUAAGGAUGCAUUGGAGAUUAGUAGUAUUCCGAUUUCCUUGGUCCAAAAUGAUUUGCUGUUCUGUAACACCUAAAAAAAAACACACACACACACAGUUAUUAUUGUUAUGUUUCUCGUUUUAUUUUAGAAUAACAUUGUUAUAUUUUAUAGUUGU